UCUAAAUUUUGUGUUUGAAACACAAACAAUAGCAUAAAUCGAAAAUGUUUGGCACCUUCUAACCUCGCCGUCAUACUCCGCUGCCACCUCACAUCCGCCGUCAUACUCCUCCGCCACUUCACUUCUGCCGCAACUCUGCCGCACGCAUUCAUCACAGCACCACCGGCAUGGUAUGUUGUUUCGUCUUUUCAAUUUCCCUUCUCUCAUUCUUCUUCCUCUCUUCAAAAACUCAUUCUCCAAAUCCAAAACCAUUCACAAAACCCUCAGAUUUUCAUCAUCCACAGCACUUGCACUCUCUUCCUCAGAAACCCAUUUCACAAAACCCUCAAAAAUCUCAUCUUUUGAACCUAACACCUUCAAAAUCCUCCAAAAACUUUAUCUUUAUCAAAACAACCCUUCACUUGCUUACUCUUACUUUACUCAACUCAAAAACCAACAUGGGUUUUCUCACAAUAUUCAAACCUAUACUUCCAUCAUUAGAAUACUAUGUUACUAUAAUUUAGAUAGAAAGUUGGAUUCUUUGUUUCUUGAUAUCAUUGAUCAUUCUAAGCAAGACCCAUGUUUUGAAAUCAAUGUUUUGUUUGAUUCAUUGUUUGAAGGUGUUAAUGAUGUGAAUGAAGAUCAUUACUUGUUUAAUGCUUUUAAUGGGUUUGUUAAAGCGUGUGUUAGUCAAAAUAUGUUUGUUGAAGCUAUUGAUUUCUUGUUACAAACUAGGAAGAAUGUUGUGAUUUUGCCAAAUAUAUUAUCUUUUAACUUUCUUAUCAACCGGUUGGUUAAACAUGAUGAAGUCGAUAUGGCAUUGUGUUUAUUCGUGCGAUUUAAGAGUUUCGGUUUGAUCUUCAACGAGUACACAUAUACCAUUGUCAUUAAGGCGCUAUGUAAGAAGGGUGAUUGGGAAAAUGUGGUUCGUGUGUUUGAUGAAAUGAAGGAAGCAGGGGUGGAUGAUGAUUCUUAUUGCUAUGCAACUUUUAUUGAGGGGCUGUGCAAAAAUAACCGAUCGGAUUUGGGAUAUGCGGUGCUCCAAGAUUACAGAACGAGGAAUGCCCAUGUACAUAAAUAUGCCUACACCGCGGUUAUUCGUGGGUUUUGUAAUGAAACGAAAUUAGAUGAAGCUGAGAGUGUGUUUUUAGAGAUGGAAAAGCAAGGACUUGUUCCUGAUGUGUAUGUUUAUUGUGCAUUGGUCCAUGGUUAUUGUAACAGCCGUAAUUUUGAUAAAGCUUUAGCCGUAUAUAAGAGCAUGAUUUCUCGGGGUAUAAAGACAAAUUGUGUGAUUUUUAGUUGCAUCCUCCAUUGCUUGGAUGAGAUGGGAAGGGCUUUGGAAGUGGUAGAUAUGUUUGAAGAAUUCAAGGAAUCGGGCUUGUUUAUUGACAGAAAAGCUUACAAUAUUUUAUUUGAUGCUUUGUGUAAAUUGGGUAAGGUGGAUGAUGCAGUAGGUAUGCUGGAUGAGUUGAAAUCUAUGCAACUCGAUGUAGAUAUGAAACACUACACAACCCUUAUCAAUGGAUACUUUCUUCAGGGUAAACCCAUCGAAGCCCAGAGUUUAUUUAAAGAAAUGGAGGAAAGAGGAUUUAAACCUGAUGUUGUUGCUUAUAAUGUACUAGCCGCCGGUUUUUUUAGAAAUCGUACUGACUUUGAGGCAAUGGACCUUUUAAAUUAUAUGGAGAGUCAAGGUGUUGAGCCGAACUCUACUACACAUAAGAUUAUCAUUGAAGGUUUGUGUUCAGCAGGCAAGGUUGAAGAAGCCGAGGAAUUUUUUAAUUGGCUGAAAGGUGAAAGUGUUGAAAUAAGUGUUGAAAUCUAUACUGCCUUGGUGAACGGUUAUUGUGAAGCUGCCCUUAUUGAAAAAUCCCAUGAACUUAAGGAAGCUUUUAUAUUGCUACGCACUAUGUUGGAGAUGAAUAUGAAACCGAGCAAAGUAAUGUAUUCAAAAAUAUUUACUGCAUUGUGCUGUAAUGGGAAUAUGGAAGGUGCUCACACUUUGUUUAAUUUGUUCAUCCAUACAGGAUUUACACCUGAUGCUGUAACUUACACAAUUAUGAUUAAUGGUUAUUGUAAGACGAAUUGCUUGCCAGAGGCCCAUGAGCUCUUUAAGGAUAUGAAGGAAAGAGGGAUCACACCUGAUGCUGUAACUUAUACAAUUAUGAUUAAUGGUUAUUGUAAGAUGAAUUGCUUGCGAGAGGCUCAUGAACUCUUUAAGGAUAUGAAGGAAAGAGGGAUCAAACCUGAUGUCAUUGCAUACACAGUUAUAAUUAAGGGCUUGUUGAACAGCGGGCACACGGAGAUAGCCUUCCAGUUGUAUAAUGAAAUGAUUGAUAUGGGAAUGACACCAGGCGCAACUUUAAAACGUUGUAUUCAAAAAGCUAAUAAGAGGCAAUUUCAUCGGAGCUAGUCAGUUUUAUUGCUACUGCUUGGAUUUGUCCCAUUUAUAAAAGUCUAUAUCGUUGAUACCCAAAGAUUGGAAAGAGAAGAGAGACACAAACUGAUUACGACGACGUCAUUGCACAUAGCUAGCUUUUAUGGGAGGGUUUUCAUGCUUGGAUAGUCAUCACUUCAUCAUUUGGUAUCAAAGCUGGUUGUUGGUGGCUCGAAAAGGGCUACCUACAGAGGGUCUGACUGGAAAGGCAGAGUAAAGCAUUGUAGUGUGCAACUUCUGGGACGUCAGCUCUCUAGAGCAAAGCUGUGGUUGGGACUUGGGUUUAUCCUACAUCAAUGGCAAUGCUGCUGAUAUACUGUUGAUAUUUAUAUUAAACGUCAAAUCAAUUGCAGGUCUAUAUGAAAAUUGUUUCAUGCUGCUAAUUCCAGUUCCUUGAGCCAUAUUUAAGGAUUUCAGUUGUAAAGCAGGGCUCAAUGAAUGAACAUCUUAUAUUGCUAAUACGGCAUAGUCUCAUCCAAUACCCAACACACUCACCUUUACGCAUUUAUGGAAUUUCUGCUAGCAUCAAUGUGAAACGAGACAAAAAGCAAUGCACACAUCUAUCAGCAAUAUUAUCAAAAUCUGGGAUUUUACGAUCCUACUCCCCUGGAACGGCCAGAUCACAUGCAUAAUCGUUUUCUGAUAAGAUCACAAGUGAAAUCGCGAAGUUAAUCGUGGAAUCGUCCGAUUUUACGAUCUUUGGAGAAUUUACUUAAAAAGAUAAAAAGAAGCUUUGGCCGCAACAAUUAUAAUACUUAGACAGCAGUAUUGGCGAGUAGCUUCAUGAUACCAGUAUAACUUUUAUAUCUACGGCAGUAUCAGCCCGAGGAAAAUGUUAGUUGCCAGUGUAUUAUGCAACACAUGCUGUCAUGGUUCAAGGCACAAAUACAACAAACUUGAGUGUCAAUGUUGAAAAAAUGAUGACGUUCCGAACAAAUCAUAUCAUUCAAGAUGACUCGUAACGAUUUCAAUUGACAGUGUGCUUGUGUCAGAGUAGAAGAACCGUUUUUUCUGCAGUGAAUGCGAUUUUCUUCAAAGCCAAGACUACGAAAUGAAGGAGAAAAUGGUAGUUUUAGAAAGAAAUACAAGAAACAUCUGACUUCACUUGAGUGGCAAAGAAUACAAAAUUGAUAAAGAGUAGUAUUCUACUUUGCAUGAGACAUAAGGAACCUUGUAUUCUUUAUGUAAAAAAAAAAGAAAAAGGAACGCUGUAUUCUUGACAUGUAAAAUAUCUGUAAAGAAGAUCCAUCGAUGAUUGUUCAUCACUGAAUAAUUAUAAUGAUCACAAUUUACGAAAGAAAAAUACUUGUGAUUACAACAA